AUGCAAUUACCUAUAAUAAUUAUUUACGAAAGUUUCAAUGAUGACACGAGAGACCUAGCAGCUGAAUCUUCAGAAAUCAUAUCAGAAGCAGUGGCGCCUCCGCCGGGACUAGCAGAAAAAUAUCAAGAGCCAGUGGCAGCUGCAACCGACGACCACACAGAUCAUUCAAUAGAACUCGUCGGUAAAUCACAAACUUACUUCCCGAGCUUCGCUAACCUCUUUGAACCAAGGCAGCAAAACAAUUUUAGACAUGGGUUCAAUAAUCAAGAAGGAGCCUACAGUCAAAGACCCAAAUCUUACAGAUCGCUUCUGAACUUUCCACUAUUUGGAGGCUACAGAAAUGUAGAUAAUUUCAGCAAACAGAGCACACCCACGGCAGCACCACUCGUUGAGGCAAGUCCCAGUUUGCUCGGCUCAGGAAAUUUUGGCAUCAUCAGAGGAGGCACAUUCUUGGCACAGAAUGACGAAGAUGAGUAUGGUGAUGGAUUUAAUUAUUAUAAUAACGGCCAUGGCAGACCUUCAUACGAACUGGGCUACAUAGCCAAUCCCAGACCGAAUUACAACCAGGAUCAAUUUGCUAACUUCAGAGAUUUCGCAGACAUCAAUACACCUUCUAACUCUGCCUAUUCCCAUUAUGUUGUAGUGUACGCUAAUAAGAACUCGACGAUGGACGAAAUUAGUGAAGAAUCAAGAACAGUUUUAUCGAAACCCAAAAAUAUAAUAGAGACCUUAGAACGUAUAGACAAAACGACGAGCACGCCAAAAUUAUCAAAAGCCAAAGCCAAAUUGGCAAUAACAAAACAGAAAAUGUUGAACAAAAAGGAACAGUGGAAGAAAACCAAUUCAAAGUUCGUUGGCCCAAAACAUGACCCCGAAGAACCUCUACUAGCGUUAAGUUAA